GCACACAUUUCUUUCACGGAUGGACAGCUCAUACCUUCAUGUUUCUCGUUUCGCACGGGUGUCCCAUUCCUAUUGACUUGUCAAUGUUAAGAUUCUAAUACCUCGCCAGACUGUGUAGCUUAGUUAUAUGCUGUAUUACACGCAAAGGCGCUGACAGUUUGAAGUGUGCAUGGCUGCUUCCUCGUCUCCUUUCUCGUCUCUAGCUGAUUUGACAGACAUCACCCGGCUUUACCGGUUUCAACUUCAACACUUCAGCGUUAUCGUCGUCCUGUUCAUGAGCAAGAUCAGUGUCAGAGGUCUGGGCUUCUUUUUUGUUUCUCCAAAAACAGAAAGGCGUAUUGAAGAAGAAGAAUACAACUGAAGAAAGAGGAGAGGAGAGGAGGGGGUGAUCCACUGUUCUUUACAGUCACAGAUACGAUUCUAAACCUCCCUGUUUCCAGGGAGACGGGGCUCCAGAAGCGUUUGGUUCUUUCAUCUCCAGCAGCAUCGCAGGAUUUGCAAGAAGGUUAACGUACACAGAUCUCUAGACUGACUGGAAGGCAAAGACAAAAGCAAAACAAAAAAAAUACUAAAUAUGUAACACCGUCUGUGAACUGGAAAACAAGAAAAAGGAAAAGCGAAACAUUUCAGCAACUGGACGGGCUUGCUUGUGUUUCGUUCUUCGUCCACUCUGCUUUUUUUUUUUUUUUUUUAAAGCAAUGUGUUUUCUUUUUAAGAUAGCUUUUUUAUAUUGCAUCUGCGAAUUACAUUGAUAACUGCCUCCUUCGAUCCUUUGAACAGUGGAUCGAUAAAGGAAACCAUUACGAAAACAAAAACAUUUUUAAAAUAGAUACAGUAGUAAACAAAACAGUGACAAUAACAUAUAAGAUACGUUUUUUUUUUUUUUUUAAUUGGAUCGGGAGUUCCAAGAUGCAGAGGGUAUUAGCAUCUGCACGGAUUAGUGGUGCAUUUCUAACGGGAUUAUGGAUUACCUGUGGAUUAGUCAUCCCAGAAUAAUUGUGUAAAUAAAUACAGACAAUAGAGUAACAGUAAUUGCCAAAGCAGGAAAGAAGCAUAACUACAACCCCACAGAAGACUUAAAGCAAUACAAUCCUACUUUGCUUGUCUGCAGACUACAUCUCCAGAGCCCUGCGCUCUUUCAAGACCAUGGCAGUGAGUGCAGUGUGAGGGAAUGGGAAGUGUCAAGGACUCCAGUGUUAGCUCUCAGAUACAGAUCAGCCCUGGACCGGUGAUGGAGGACUCCAUAGCGGCUGAGCCCGGAAGCAACCCCCCCUCCCACGGCCAGCAAGAGUGUGCGUGCUGUGAAGCUACCUCAAGCUGUGGUCCCCCUCAAUCCGACGUCUGUUCCACAAGCUGCUACCAAGAUGCCAAGAGCUGCUGCCAGCCAGAAACGACUGUGAAGAGGCCCAUCUGCCCAGGAGAGACUUCUAAUGUGAGCAAGGAGCACUGUGAGUAUUUACCUCCUGGAGGACCCAGUGCAGCACUCUGUGUUAACGCAGAGCCAGAACCACUAUUGAAAGACAUAUCAGUUAAGGUGGUAACAGUGACAGAUGUUUUUAAUAUUGAGAGUGAUUGUUCAGUGGCGUCAGGCAAUCAGGGAGCAGUGAUGGGUACUUUGAACCGGUUCAGUGAUGUGGAUACUAACCAAGACUGUGACAGAGUGACGGCAGACAAUCAAACGGAAAAGCAGGGGAUGGGAGUGAGUGCAACCCUUUGUCAGGAUCUCAACCUGAAAGUGUCCGAUCAUGAACCUAGAGAGUCAAUCAAGGAAGAAGUCAUUCAAGAGACAUCACUGUCACAACCCUGCAAGGUGGAGAAGCCGUCUUUAGACACAUCUGGAGAUCUUGUUCAACUGAAGGGGUCUUCUAAUGACUUGCCAGAUGAUUCCAAAGUCAUUAUGAACACAGGAGCAAUAAAAAGCAAAGAUUUAAGCCUCAAAGAGGCUACCAAUCAGUCAGAUUUCAGGGCUGAAAAGCCUAACCGGGAUUCCUCAUUGCAUGAAGACAAACAGAAAUCUAGCAUGGAAUCUACAGCUGAUCCAGGUUUACAAGAAACCAGUAAAGGAGAUACACAGGUAAAAGAAAUAAAGGAGGUGCCAUCUCCAAACAAGAAGGUCUAUCAGUUCCAUCAGGAGAAGCUUGUGAAACACCCCCAGCCCACAGGCGACCGUGAAACCCAAGAGCCAUCUACUGUGGUUUCAGGUCCUGCAAGUAAUGCAUAUACUGAGACUAGAGACCAAAGCAAGAAGCAAUCUGGAGAGCUGACAAUAACAUCACAUGCUACUUUGGAGGUCUGCGGCACCAUUCAAGAAGCUACCAAGCCCUUACAAGUAGAAACACAUGAUCAAAAAAACACUUUGUGUAACGGAGGACAAAAGGAGCUCCGGCAAUCAGAAAGGAAGCAAAGAGAAGAAUCGCAUGGCCUGGGUGAGGCUAGAACGAAGCUCAUGCUCCACGUGGAGGCAGCGAAGGAUAGCAGCGGUGAAGCGGUGGGUCCGUGCCUCUCACAGAACAUUCCUGGUGUUCACGCUGAGAUUCAGGUCAGCCUGGGGGUGCCCUGCAGGUCAGCAGCAACCAGCCCUAUGACACCGCCCGAGGGGUCUGACAGUUUCUUUUUCCCUGUGGGGAAGGCUGGGCUUGGGAAGACUAAGCCUGCCAAGAAGGACGCAGAGCUGCAGGUGGGCAUGCAAGUGGAGUCCAGGUCAGUUGCCACUGCGCCCAUGACCCCAGGUAGGAAGUCUCCCCAGGCUUCGUACCCUGAGAUUCACAUCAAGGGGGUAACGGAGGAUGACCAGCCUGAGCCAGUGCGGGAGGUCAGGUGGGACGAGAAGGGGAUGACCUGGGAAGUGUACGGGGCCUCCAUGGAGGUAGAGGUGCUGGGGAUGGCCAUCCAGAAGCAUUUGGAAAAACAGAUUGAGGAACACGGGAAACAACCUCCGCCACAGUCCCUUCCAUCGGCACAGCCGCCACCCACAAACCCAGAGCUCAACAGAGCAAGCUCAGUCAAAGGUGCGCUGAAGAAAGCUGCGGGGGUGGAGAAGAAGAGACGGCAGAGGAAUCCCUUUCGAGCGGUCCUGCAGAAUCUCCGCCGACCGCAGUGCUGCUCGCGGGCAAACACCAUUGAGUGAAAGAGAAAUCAAUCACCUAUCUGAGUGUUAUUUCAAACCUUCUUAGUAACAGAUUUUGAACUCUAAGCUCCUAAGGCACAUUUAAGGCAUUUAAGUCCUGCCAAUUUGUUUUGGAGAAAACAUGCUCAAGUACAAUAUAACUGCUACAGUAUAUAGUUGGUAACAAGAAAACAAGUGCAUUUUAUAUCAGUUAUAGAAAUGUUGUCCAAUACCCAGAUCCCCCUUGUAUGUGGGUCAUAGCGUAGUUUCAUUGUGAUCUGUAAGAUCUCAAAUGACACACGACAUGGAACUGUGUUGUGUAUUUUGUUCCCAGUGCAGCAAAUUAAAUGUAAAGACUGUUUCGCACACUUCUUUCACUUUCGUUCUCUCUCCAUUGCUAACACUAAUACUUUCAUCUCAGCUACUCAAUCAAAGUGUUUUUUGAAGACUGCCAGGCGGACUGAAGCCAAACACGAGAGAACAUCCAGCAACUCAGUAUUGGAGUUCAAGCUGACUGCCCGGUAAAGAUCGUAGUGUUGUUGUGCUUUGCUUUGGAGCAGAUUGUAAAAAGCCCUGUUUGUUAUGAACAUCAAGGGCACAUGGGGCAGCAGUGUGGAGUAGUGGUUAGGGCUCUGGACUCUUGACUGGAGGGUUGUGGGUUCAAUCCCCGGAGGAGGACACUGCUGCUGUACCCUUGAGCAAGGUACUUUACCUAGAUUGCUCCAGUAAAAACCCAACUGUAUAAAUGGGGAAUUGUAUGUAAAAAUAAUGUAAUUGUAUGUAAAAAUAAUGUGAUAUCUUGUAACAAUUGUAAGUCGCCCUGGAUAAGGGCGUCUGCUAAGAAAUAAAUAAUAAUAAUCUACAUUUACUGAAGACAGACGCAAAAAAUGUGUAGCUUUGUUUUUUCCUACACCUGUACGUUUUAGUAAAAGAAAACGGUGAUCUGUCAUCAGCAUAACCUAGUGUAUAAAAUGUGUGUUUUAUUCAAUAAAGAGUUCAUGAACAGCUAA